CGGGUUCCUGUUGAACAUGGUUGCUGGUCAUCUUCAAUACCCUCAUUGAUCUUAUAGAUACCUUCUAUACCUAUAUCGCUAUCCUAGCAGGUGAACCACGCACACACCAUGGCUGAAACAGCCUCUCACUACGUUCCUCUGGACGUGCCACUGCCUCCAGUCCCAUCCACCAAGAUCUUCACAGAGCAGCAAUGGACCACUCUGCUGUCGUUGGCGGACACGGUCAUUCCUUCAAUCCGGAGUCCCAGCGCAUACAAAUCACCCUCCACUAAGGUUAUACCGCACUCCGAACUGAACAGAUCUCUGGCAACAUUGACUCAAAGCAUUCGCUCCCCGGACGCUGGCACCAUUGCGGCACAGUACCUAGAGGAAGACGCGUCGUCGAAUCCUCUGUUCCGGGAAGGCUUGCAGCGCCUCUUCUCCCAAUAUGUGCACGACGAAGGGAGAAAUGGCCUGGGGUUUAUCCUCAACGCUCUCAAUACUCGGGCGGGAUCACUUCUCCUGACAGGAUCCGUUACCCCGAUCCAUGAACAACCGUUGCACGUUCGGGAAGAGAUCUUCCGAGGAUGGGAGACUUCUCGGCUGAGCCCGUUGCGAGGUGUCUACAGGGCUUGCACUGGAAUGUUCAAGCAAACCUGGGUCAAGUUCAGCCCAACUCUUGCUCCUGUACUUGGGUUCCCAAGGGUGCCAGUGCACGGCAAGCCUGCCGAUGGUUUCAAGCACACCUUCCUCCAAUUCCCCCCCGCUGAUGAGCCGGAGACCAUUGAGACCGACGUCGUCAUCGUUGGUAGUGGUUGUGGUGGUAGCGUGGCUGCGAAGAACUUGGCUGAAGCAGGCCAUAAAGUCUUGGUCUUGGACAAAUCCUAUCACUACACGUCAAAUCACUUUCCCAUGAACUUCAACGAGGCUUUCACUAGCAUGUUCGAGUCAGGAGGUGCCGUCGUGACGGAUGAUGGCUCGAUGGCUGUGCUGGCUGGUUCAACCUGGGGUGGCGGUGGCACCGUCAAUUGGUCCGCUGCCCUGCAGACGCAGAGUUUUGUACGCGAGGAAUGGGCGAAGAACGGCCUGCCUUUCUUUACCUCGAUGGAAUUCCAGAAUUGUAUGGAUCGUGUUUCGGACCGGAUGGGGGUCGACGUUGAGCAUAUAAAGCAUAACAAGACAAAUCGCUUCAUUCUCGAAGGGGCCCGGAGGAUGGGCUACUCUGCUAAGACGGUGCCCCAGAAUACGGGCCAUGGUGAGCAUUAUUGUGGCUACUGUACGCUCGGCUGCCACUCGACAGGGAAGAAGGGCCCCACGGAAACUUUCCUGGCAGAUGCCGCGACAGCCGGCGCAACCUUCAUUGAAGGCUUUCGUGCAAACAAAAUCAUAUUCACGGACACUAAAGAUGGCCAGGUAGCGUCGGGGGUCGAGGGGGUGUGGACAUCCCGGGAUGCAUACCUAGGCCGUUCAGGUGCAACUGCAGUAAAGCGAAAUGUCACCAUCAAAGCGAAACGAGUUGUGGUCUCUUGCGGCACUCUGCAAAGUCCUUUGCUGCUCCUGCGCAGUGGAUUGAAGAAUCCCCACAUUGGCCGGAACCUCCACCUCCACCCUGUUAUCAUUGCGGGUGCAGUGCUGGAAGAGGAAUUUCGCCCUUGGGAAGGUGCUGCCCUGACAACCGUUGUCAAUGAGUUCGAGAACCUAGAUAACCAAGGACAUGGGCUUAAGAUCGAGGCCUUGUCAAUGGUGCCCGCAGCUUUUCUCCCUCUGUUCCCCUGGAGGAAUGGUCUCGACUAUAAGCUCUGGGUGCAGAAAUUGCCCCGCAUGGCUGGUCUUAUCAUGCUCGCUCGCGAUCAAGGCUCCGGUCGUGUUUAUCCCGACCCAGGUGAUGGACGAAUUCGCAUUGACUAUACUGUUUCACCUAUGGACCGUAAGCACAUUGUCGAAGGUCUAAUCGCUAGUGCAAAGAUGGCAUACGUUUCGGGUGCAAAGGAGUUUCACACUUCCUGGCGCGAAGUGCCCCCGUUCAUCCGCCCUACCGAUUCCGACACGGAGGAUGCAGAGGGCGCCAACAAUGCAGCCCUUCAAGCUUGGAUCGCGGAAGUGCGUCGCAAGAAACCCGCUGAUCCGGAGCGAACCAUGUUUGCUAGCGCGCAUCAGAUGGGGACGUGUCGAAUGGGCAAGUCGCCGAGGACCAGUGUGGUGGAUUCGGACUGUCAAGUCUGGGGCACCCGGGGUCUGUAUGUGGUGGAUGCGUCCGUCUUCCCCAGCGCCAGUGGCGUCAACCCCAUGAUCACCAACAUGGCCAUUGCCGACCGAGCCAGUCGAAACUUGGCCCGAUCAAUGCGGAGGGGCGAUCAGAACUUCCAUGCUCGUCUGUAAUUGCCAAAAGGUAUACGUUGCUUGCAUCCUUCUGCUCGUGCAGCAAGCCCUACCUGUUGUUCUGUUCAUACAUCUGUACCAGACACAUUCAUAGCAGGGCUGCUGGUUGUGGCUGGACCCAUAAUGGUAUAUAUCGCUGCCCCAAUCCAUUCCUUCCCUUAGUUCUC